AUGGUUACCGCUCGAAGCCGUCGGCCUUCCUCUUCCACCGCCCUUGACCACAGCCCUUCUCGCUUCGUGCGUCGUCGAUCUACUGUUGAUCCUUCUUCAGUCUUGGUUCGUGGUUUGCCGCUACCCAACUUCCAGAUUGUUCGUGAAUUUUAUGCUAAUUUUCCCGAUGUCUCCGCUGCCUCUACUGCUCUGUUCGGACUUGCUGUGCAUGAGCGUGGGAUUUCUAUUCCACUCAGUUUCCACUUUAUUUCGGCUGCCCUUGGUCUGGCUCCUAUUCGCUCUGGCAAUUCUUGUGAGCCGGUUCCAUAUUUUCUUCCCUGUCAUCGGCUAGUGAAUCGACUCUAUGUGUCUACACCCGAGCUUGUGAUUGAGCAAUCUGCCAGUGUUGAGUUCUAUAUCCGUGAAAGCCUCAUUGCAAGUGGUGCUGCAAAUGCCACUGUUCCGAUAGCAAGUCUUGUUCUACCUCGGAUUAUCAUAGCUUUGGCUGCUCAUGCUAGUGUCCAUGCACUGUUUACAGAUGAUAUUGGCUAUUCUGACACCAUCAAAGUCAACAAUCAGGUUACUUUACAUCUCAGCGAUGCUCACUGUACUUCUGGUGGGUUCUCCAUCGAGCAACGAGCCCUUUUGGAUUUGCUCUCUACAUCCCAUCAAGUGAUGCAUGCACUUCUUCAUUGCAUCUGGGAUCGUCUUGACACCUAUGAUGAGCUGUUGCUGACAUUGGCUGGGCACAUUCAGCCACCUGAUCCUCCUCAUCUUACUCGGGCUCACAGCCUCUAA